AUGGUCGAAACUGAAUCAUUCUAUCAGUUUGUGCAACGCGCUGGACCUUCACAUAACCUACUCUGCGAUUAUUUUUUACCAGACAACAAUAAUGUAACAUUCAUAGAUACAAAAAACGUAGUAACGGUAACUAUUCUGGACAAAUUAGAGACAAAUUUGCCUACUGUUGUGGCAUCUGGUGCUAUGCAUUUAUGCGCCAACAAUCAGGCUUAUCUUAUGUUCUGUAAAUGCGAUUUGAAAUAUGCAAUGAAAUCAGUGACUGUUGAAGAAUGUGGACAAGACAAAUAUUGUUUUAAGAUCGAUAAAUGUCAUCAGCGUUGCAUGAAAAUCAGCGGUGUGUGGAAUAAAGAUAUUGACUAUUCAAGAUUGCCGAUAUAUUAUAGCGCAUUUGAAGAUCGCCAACAACAACAUUUACUUGUUCAUGUUUAUGAACAGCUAGUCAAUAUCACGUUAAAAACACGCAACAUGGAUGUGUGCAAAAAUAUCACUGUCGAUUUGUACGACACUGACUUUACUGAGAAAACUCGUCAGCUCUAUAGAGAUUUGAUGGGAUUUAUGGUUGCUGAUAAAGCACGUUAUUUCCAAAUCGCUAUUGAAAAAUCCAGCUUACAAACAAUUAUUACAAAUAAGCAGACAAGAAGUGAAAAAGUGGCGUAUAUGGAACUAAAUUCUGAAAAUGAGUUUCAUUUCUUUGAGUAUGAUUCCGUCGUUACUUUCAUGGAUCGACGUGAUUAUCUGGGAUCCUUGUACCAUAUAAACGGAGUGUCAGGUGUGGUAGCCAUUGAAACACAACCAGUUGGUUAUGGGAUUGCCGUCAACAACAGUAUUCUUCAGUGUUAUGCUGAUACUCCCGAAAUAGCUAUUGGUCUGAUUCGAAAGCUGAGUGAUAAGAUGUCAGAUCAAAUCCCAAUAACAAUGUUCAUACGUGACUGCAAUGGCUGGAUUUGUAAGGAACUUUUGAAUAAGGCACGACAAGUAAACCGCAUUCAUCGUUUUCACAGUCGCAUACUUCCUACUCGUAUUAAAUGGGAAAAUGUAUUCUUGAUGAAUAUUGGUACUCAUUUAUUUUGA